AUGCCUUCAAUUCAAGGGUUUGUUGAAAAUAUCCAACAAUUUGAUGCGAUGAUUAAGCUGCACAAAGAACCUGAUGUAUAUACUUAUAAUUCCAUGAUACUGGGUCUGUGUUUGAAAAGUAAUCUAGAGGAGGCGCACCGAUUGUUUGAUUCGAUGGCGGAUAAGGGACUCAAACAAGAUGCUUGCAGCUUCAAUCUGUUGAUGAAUGCAUACUGCAAGAGGUCUGGGUUGGAUGAAGCCAUUCAACUCUCCAAAGAAAUGCAAAAGAAGGGAUUGAAACCGGACAAAAUUACCUAUAAUACACUAAUAGAUGGCCUAUGCAAGACCGGGAAAGUUCAAACAGCACAGAGCAUGUUUACUGAGAUGCAAUCUUAUGGGGUAUCUCCGAGUAUAGUUACAUAUAAUGUACCUAUGAAUGGGCUUUGCAAAGCUGGAAACAUUGAGAAGGACUUGUGGGGGAUGUUUGUUGAAGCCGAAAAACUGAUCAUUGAAAUGAAAAAUAAAGGUUGCAUGCCAGAUGCAACUACGUAUGAUACCAUUGUUAGGGGUUAUCUUGAGGGAAAUUGUGUUGCAAAAGCAUUAGAGUUUUUCAAAGAAAUGCGAGGAAGGAAGUUAUCACUGAACGAUACCACUAAAUCUCUGUUAAUCAGAUCCUUGUCUGCAGAUCAACUCAACAACUUGGAUUUUCCUGAAACCUAG